GUGGGGCCACUGGAGGAUCUUCAUCUCGCCACUCGCAGCAGCAGGUUAUUGUCACCUGCCAAAGACAAGAGAGAAUAUAAGAGACUGCUGGGAUAUUCUAAUUUAUGGUGAUGGGAAGCAGAAUACAGAGGCUUAACUGCAGUUCCAUGGUGAUCCCCAGCAGUUAAUGCCGGCGGGCUCUCUCCGUAGAAAGAAGCUGGCCAAAAGGCCUGGGUACAUGAGGCCGGAGGCUCAGCGGCAGAUCGAGUUCCAGUCCCCGGGUGCCUGCGCAGCGUCCAGCCCAGCAGAGCUCCAGCACGCCAGGCAGCACUGUGGAGCCUCUGAGGGAUCUGCUCUGCUCAGACAGUGCCAAAAUGACCAGGAAUUCCUGCACUGUAGUGCUGUAGCUCCUGCUAAUGGGGUGACAACCUUGGCCACUACUGGAAACACUCCAGGAUGCUGUGACAAUCUUUCUUGCUGCAAUAGUCCACGGUCAGAUAGCACAGGGCUAGGGGACUGCCCUGCUGCCACAACAGGCAAAGGAGAUGUUUCUGCUGUGUGCUGUACGUGGCAGAAAAGCUGCAGCACCAAAGUGAGCGAGCCCCCAAACAUGUAUGCUUUGGAUCAGACAGAAAUGAAUAACAACUGUGAAUAUCAAAACAGAGAUGGUGUUUCUCAUUCUGCUGGUGCACAGGAUAGCUUUAGAUCAAGUUUCAGUUUCAUACAGCUCUCCCUGAACUCGGCCUCUGGAGUAAAUGAUGUGGAAGGCAAAUCUAUUGAGGAAACUGAGAUUGUUUUGCAUCCCAAAACCACAGGCAAUCUGCAGAAGCUAGAAGAGAUGGCACAAGCUCAUGGGCACUUGGGAGAUUUGUGUUGCUCCUCCAGUUCUGGUGAAGAUUUGCAGCAUGAACGUGAGAGCCCAGUUAAUGAUAAAUUACAGGACUGUGAGACUGUCUCUCUCUUGGAUAUAGACACAACAUUUUCAUAUUCUACAGAUUCCUCGGAUGCAGCAUCUGCUGGCUCUUCUGUCACCUCAGGCUAUGAAAGUAGCUUUACUGUCAGUGACCAUAACUGGGAUACUUUGAUGAAAAAAUAUGAACCAGUGCUACAGGAUUGCUUGCUUGGCAACCGCAGUACGUUAAAGUUAAAGUCCUUGAUCUUACGGCUUCAGAGGCUUCAGGAAAAAGCAAUAGAGGAAGAUGACUAUGAUAGAGCUGAUAAAUUUAGACGGAAACUGGAAGACCUGGAGAAGGAGAAAAAUUCUUUAAAAUUUCAGCUUCCUUCAAGGCAUCCCUCUGUUAGCAGUUUUUUGGAUAGGUUCAUGACCCAAGUUCAGGCAACAUUGCACUGGGCUGCUGAUAAUUGGGUUAGACAUGAGGAAAAUGGUCUUUGUCAAGAAAAAGAGCUCAGACUUUUGAGAUCAACUUCCCAGGAGAGGACGCAGGUUUCAGCCAGAAAACGAAACCAGCUUUUUCAAGAAAAGAAGCGACUACAGAAAGAAAUUGAAGAUCUCCAAACAAGACUGGCCAUAUUAGAAGGAAAAGACCAACAGCUGAGAAGAGAAAUUGAAGAACAAGAUAGGCUUAUUCAGUCACAGGACUGUGAACUGGCUGCUUUACUUGGCUGCAUUUCUUUGAGGGAACUGCAGGAAAUAAACAAGGCUGUGGAUGACACCUUAGCAUCCUCCUAUCGAAUUCCACUCAGUUUAGAUCUUCCAGGACCAAUAAAGAGCCUUCAAGAGAAAGAACAAUUGUACAGCAUGUCCAUUAAAGAAACUACUGCCAAAGUUUGCACGAGUCAGAAACUCUGCAGUACUUUGAGGAGGAAAGUGAGUGAUAUUGAGACUCAACUACCAGCUCUACUUGAAGCCAAAAUGCUGGCUGUUUCAGGAAGUAAUUUUGGCACUGCAAAGGAUCUUGCAGAAGAAAUAAGAUCAUUAACAUCUGAGAAAGAGGGACUGGAAGGACUUCUCAAUGAACUGCUGGUUCUGAGUGCCAGAAAUACGCGAAAAUUAGAGAGAAUUAAAGAUGAUUACACCAGACUGAAACAAGAACUUGAACAAGGAGAGACUGCCUUUGUGACCAGUGUAAAAGAAAAUGCUGAGAAGUACAUGGAGAUUCUGGAGGACAAACUACAUAGCUGUGGGAGCCAGAUGCUCCAAAGAGUGUGGGAAGCUGACUUGGAGGCCUGUCAGCUGUUGAUCCGAGGGUUUCAACUGAAAGAAACCAGUUGCUGUGGUUUUGAGGAAGAAGAGAACCAAAUGGAUGAGAUGGAGAUGACUGCUGAUGCCCCACCUGAUUCUGAAAAAAGAAAAGAAGGUCACUUUCUAAAGGGCGCAGAGUGGGGUGCUGUUUCCCGCCCCAAACACAGGGAGCUGAAAGAGGUUAUGGAAGACAUUUCAUUUGGAACAGAGGGUCAUUUAUCUGAGGAGUUCUUCAUAUUUUCUGCAGAGUUGGGAGAAAAAUGUGAAGCAAUAAGUGAGAAAUUGGUGCAUCUGGAAGAUCAAUUGCAAAGUUCCGCCUGCAGAGUUGAUGAAGGAGUUAUUCAUAUCCUUUUCUCUAUAGCUAUGGAUACGUAUCAAUCUCUGUAAGUAUGCACAUGAAGU